GGAGGGGCCGAGACGUCCUCACGCGCCGCCGGGCGACCCUCCCGCGGGGCUCGGGGGGCGGCGGCGACCCCGCCCGAGGGCCCGCGCGCGCGCGCGCGCGCGCUCCGCGGACGCAGAGUUGUCGAGGACCCGGUAGCUGAGCUCAGAGGUGGUGAACGCGUCGGGAGCAGAACUGGUUGGUUCACUGCUGUCCGUUUUGACUUUUCGAAUUUUGGAAAAAAACAGUCACAAAACGAGCGGAUUAAAAUGCCUUUUUGCUAUAGCAAAACGAAAUGCCAAAAAUCAGAAAUACGGUCAUCUAAAGGUGGGAAAGCUGAAAUAGAAUAGGAAGAUCAUCGGCUAAGAUCUACCAGAGAAAAGAGAGCAUGAAAAACAAGGUGACAAUUUUAUUGUUUGCAUUUCAGCAGGCCUUCUGAAAUUUAACUGAAGAUAUGACUCUUUCUUCAGAGAACUGUUCUUUUCAAUACCAGGUACUUCAGACAAAUCAACCCCUUGAUGGUAACUGUUUGCUUUUCUUGAUUAUUCUUGGGAAAAUAUUAUUAAAUAUCCUAACACUGGGAAUGAGAAGGAAAAACACCUAUCAGAAUUUUAUGGAAUACUUUUGCAUUUCUCUGGCAUUCAUGGACCUUUUACUCUUGGUAAAUAUUUCCGUUAUAUUCUAUUCCAGGGAGUUUGUUCUUUUAGGUAUGAGGUUUACGAAAUACCACAUCUGCUUGUUUACUCAAAUUAUUUCUUGUACUUACGGUUUUUUGCAUUACCCAGUUUUCUUCAUAGCUUGUAUAGAUUAUUACCUGAAUUUCUCUAAAACCGCCAAACUUCCAGAUAAGUGGCAAAAAUUAUUUUACAUCUUUACAGUCCUUUUAAUUUGGAUUUCUAUCCUUGCUUAUAUUUUGGGAGAUCCAGCCAUCUACCAAAGCCUGCAGGCACAGCAUGUGACUUCUUCUCAGUGUCCUGUCUGUGUCAGCACGCAGGGCUACUGGCUUUCAUGUUUCAUGGUGAUUAUCCUAUUUAUAGCUUUUCUAGCCUGUUGGACAGAUGUUGUCACCUUGGUCCAGGCUAUCAGGAUCACUUCUUACAUGAACGAGACUAUCCUGUAUUUUCCAGCGCCAUCCCACUCUAUUUAUACUGUCAACUGUAAAAAAACGCUUUUGCCCAAGCUCAUCGUCUGUUUCCUUGGUACCUGGUUACCAUUUGUAUUUCUUCAAGUAAUCAUUCUUUUAUUUAAAGUACAGAUUCCCGCGUAUAUUGAGAUGAAUAUUCCAUGGUUGUUUUUUGUCAAUAGUUUUCUCAUUGCUACAGUUUAUUGGUGUAACUGUCACAAGCUUACGUUACAAGGUCUUGUGUUACCUAUAGAUCCGUUUGUUAGCUGGAAAUGCUGCUUCAUUCCCUUUACAAUCAAUACUCUGGAGCAAAUUGAAAAGCCUAUAUCAAUAAUAGUUUGUUAAUACGUUACCCUGUUUGAAAUAACUGAAACUAACAACCAUAGUUCUAAUUUUACAAAUGGGAAUGAUGAUUCAGAUACACAAAGAAUAAACUGAAACUUUUCAUA